GCCCAAGCCAUUUUUACUCAAGGCGUGCAGGCUCAGUGUCAUCCCUCUUCCCUGGCAGGUCUCAUGGCAGCUUGAGGUGCCUCGGCGCUGCGUACUUCUUUUGCGCCACCGGGGAUGAGUCGAUGAAGUUUGCUGGAUAUUCGCCAUGGCGCUGCCGUUGGCUGCCUUCCGGGACGUCGGCUUCGACCUCGAGGGCAAGCUCCCCGCCGCCUGGGCGCCCAGCGAAUCGUUUCAUGAAGAACGAUAUGAAAGAAGCUUAACAGCGCCGGCGAUGGCAGUAGCAGCGACAAUGAAGCCACUGCGGCGGGGCCCCCAAUCCCGAAGUAGCCCCACUUGGCAGGGACGAUUUCACCUUCUUCGCUUGGAAACGCCGUGAUGUCAACAUUCGAUGCGGUAGCCUAGGCGUCACGAUGGAAAGGGUCGUAGAUAGCGUCGAGCCCGACCCAAUUGCGGACAGCGUCGGCCUCAAAGCAGGAGAACGCAUUGUCGUUACGAACGACGAAUCUUUCAAGAUGGCGGAAAUGCUGCGAUUGGAGAGCGGAAUUGUGCCAUAUAUACUCACGGUGGCUUCCCCCAGUAGAAUGGUGACCUGUAUUAUGAAAGUGCCCGAAUGUCUGGCGGUUCCCGCUGCCCUGGAGGGAGAUCUUCUCAUUUUCGGCAUGGUACCGUAAUAUCGCUCGCAUUAGCACAUGGGUUUCGAUUGGGCAGAGGACCUCCUCGCGAGAUGCUUGGCUUCCCGACCCGCUACGUAUGAUCUCAGUGGGAGCUUUUGGGUGUGCGGUGGCGCUGCAACUGUUCUUGCAACGCGAUGUUGGUAUGGCCUUGUUCUGGGUAAGCCGCGUGAUCUUUUGUUUCGGUAUCCUCCAUUGUUUCGCGGUUGUUCUAGCCUCUCCAUUGUUGGCGAGCCAAUUGCCCGAUGUUGCCGUGGUCUGAGAACGAAUUUACGCAGUUGGCGAUUAUUGUUGCAUUAAUGUUGCGAGCAUUUCGCGUGGCGACGUUCUCUCGCCGUGCAGCCCGAGGAUUUUCAAGACGAAGAAUUGCGGUCUGGAACCACUUUCCAGUUUGCUCGGACAGUCCUGAGCCUGCUCCUUUUGGAAGUUGUGACCGCGACCACCCGCGCAUUGGGCGCCUGGCAUCGCUCGGACGUGUGCAUUGUUCCUUCGGCGAGGACCAUCGAGGAGCAUCCUUGACCGCUUGGAGAAAAAAACACUCACGGAACCGCCAAAAAAACACAGGGAAUGGACGUCCGAGCGAUGGCCAGUGGGCGGUGUUGAGCAUCGCAUCCCGAAGGUGAAGGCCGCGCCAUCGUGCAAGGCCGCUCACUCCUUCGAGGAGGUCCAAUGCGCCGUGCGCAGGGCUGGUGCACGACACGGGGCCACAGCUGGCUCCACUGGGUUUUUCCCAUUGCCUUUGGCAUCGCUCGGCUGUGUGCAUUUUUCCCCUCGGCGAGGACCGUCGAGGAGCAUCCUUGAUCAUUUGGCGAAAAAAACACUCACGACACCGGAAAAAAAGCACAGGGAAUGGACGUCCAGGCGAUGGCCAGUGCCGUAUUUCGCGGUGAACAUGCUGAUCACUGGAAUGUGUGCGUAUCAUUACUUGUUGAUCAUCCUGAAUCCUCCGGAUUUCCCACGGUUGCAGAGCAGCCUCGUUGGUUAUUGGCUAGUUGAAUGUGUGAUUGUAGCAUGCGCCAUUGCUGUGGCACCUCUUCGCAUUUCGGCAGCUCUCGGUGGAGUGUGCGAGUGCCUCGGCAAGGUUCGCAGCGAUGCACCUGAGCUGCACGCGCAGGUGCAGGCGGUGGAAGUGAUGCUCGAACGCGCAAACAAUGGACACGGAUUGGCCAUCCAUGUCGGCCAAGGGGUUGUCGUCAAUAAGGAAUUAUUGCAGACCGUUUGCGUCAGGGUGCUAUUGAUGACGGCCGCAAUCCUCGCAUUCAUACGGUCGAGCAGUGGUUUCGAGAAGGCCGAGGACAACGACGCCGUCAUUGCCGACAUGAAGGAUGAUAUAUCUAGCAUCCUGUCCAUUCUGUCAAACAACAAGGUGACCUUCCACACGCGCGAGUGAGAGUGAACACAUGACCUAGAAUCAGAGGUCACUUCGACCCCGCAUUGGCCGAACCGACAAGAGCACUAUGCAAGUCCUCUUUGCUCACGGGUGCCAUCUGCGAUUCAAGGAUGCACGGGAGGGCUGCGAUCUGCGCAGCAAGGGCGUUCCCAAAAGGGCCUCGCCUUCGAGGGCCGAAGGAGUUGCCAUCCCUUCCUCCGCGGAAGGCCGG